CGAUUAUCCCAUCACAAAUUCGACAUGGAUUCUCCUGUGUUACAUGAAUUCAGAAGGCAGGCUUCCUUGUUCCUCAGAGAGAAAAUCAGGACUGCUCGACUGGCUCUUACAGAUGUUACUCCUCCUCAACUGCUGGCAGAAGAAGCAACAAAUGGAGAUUUGAGUGCACCAAAUAUGCAAACCAUGAGACUAAUAUCACGUGCAGCCUUUGAAGCUGAUGAUUAUUGGAGGAUCGCUGAUAUUCUGCAUAAGAGGUUUGUAUGGCCAGGCCUAUAUUAUUUGUACUUAAAUUGCCUGGAUCAAGAAAAAGAAAGCACAAUAUUAGAGUAAUUGAAGGUAAAAUAAUGUUGGCGCCAGAUUUUGCUAGUUAAUGGAGGGGGAGACGGUGAAGAUUUGGUUUAAAUUGAAACCGUACCGAAAUAGUAUCGAACCAAAAUAAGAAAUACCGAACCGUACCGAAAUAUUAUGGUACGGUAUUUGGUAUAUACAAUUGAUAAACCGAAUACCGAACCGAAAUUCUUAAAUACCGAACCGAAAUACCAAAAGCCCACCCCUAUAAAAAAUAACCCAGAUUCUACUAUAUAUAAGU